AUAGGAUUUAUUCAUGGCAUGGGCAACUUCCUCUGCCCCUCCUAACACGCUUCCUGCCAAGAAGCAGAUAAUCAUCUACAAAGCAUUUUAUGUGCUAUACGCCCAGUGAACUCGUUGAGUAUCUAAUCUACACAUUUCUCUGGCUGAGAUAGGGGUAUCCAAAGGGAGCCAAGGUAGCUGGAACACUAACUUCAGCCAGCGACCUUUCACAUUAUAAACUGAGCAUCUGGUACAUGGUAGCAAUUUUAAGUUUCUCUGACCUUGAGUGUCAGCAGGAAGUCAUAAAUGAAAAGUCUUCCACUCUCUUUCCUCCGGCGGGCCCGGGAGGUCUGCCUUACCCCCUCACCUCCUCGGCUAGUUUCUCUUGUUUCCUCCCAAUAAGACAUCCUUCCUGACACGGUCUUUCUGGUUUUCCAAGGCGCUGCUUUCUUGUACCUGUGCCUUACCUCUUCCGGGUACAAUUCCUUGGCCCGCAGUGAAGGAAUCAGCAGUCAAGCCACUUGGCAGACCAGACCAAAGAGUCACAUUCUUUGCCUGGAACUCUUUUUAUACUUCCUUGGCAACUUGCAAGGAAUGAAUGACAGAGUGAGAUCAAGGGAAAAGUCUUCAGGGACUGAAUGUGGAAAACUUGCCCCGAAUCCUGGAAGAUUAUGACAUUUGUUUGUUUCCUUUCUAUUUCCAUUUCCUUCUCAUUCCCUCCCCUUCUACUCUUGCUCCCAUGUCUUUCCUCCUUUGUCAUGCACCUUUCUCUACUUUCUGUUUUCUCCCUCCUUCUUCUACUGUCAUCCUUCCCCACCACUCUCACUGCUAGUAAUGGCUGCCUUUUAUUCAGUUCUUAUUUGCUGAGCACUGUGCUAAGUGUUUUGCACGCAUCAUCUCAUAGCACUCUAUGAGUUAACGGUAUGUCCAUUUCGCAGGUGAGGAAAGUGAAACACAGAUUGAAUCAUCUAUGCAAGCCCAGCAGAUGGCAACGGGGAUUUGUUGAACCUCAGUAAAUCCAACUUCCACAUCUAUCUUUUCUUAAGCCUUACAUGGUCUUUCUUUCCAUUUCCAACUCCCACUUGUCAUUCCCUUUUCUUCUCUUCUUUUUAGCCCUCCCCUCGCUCCCUACCUCUUUUUUCUCAGACACUCACCAGAGUCCAGUCACUGCACGUGUGUGGCUGACCCUGAAGGUGCUAACACUGUAUAUGAGCCUAGAAGAGACGACAGACCAUUCAAACUCUUAUCUAAUCAGCCAUUUUCCUUUUGAGCACAUGCCCCACAAUUUUCCACAUUUGGAGGCUGAAACAGGGGGCGCUUCACCACCUAGGGAAAUGGGACACGUGUCUGAUCACAAAUGACAUGAAAGGCUUCAAGACCUGGGUGGGUCUUUGAUAUAGAGAGGAGCAGAGAUAAAACCCUUUCCGCUCACUCAGAAACUCCCUCAUUCCCGGGGACUCUGUACGCUCUCAAGGUUUGGGACCUGGGGUCUGAGAGAAGGCAGGGUAAGGAGGCUGGUCCCUGUCAAGGCAACAAUCAACUCAGGAGCUGAGGAAACCCGGACUCUGAAAUGCACCCCCCUGACCCAUCUUUCCCCAUAAGCAUAAAGAACAUUCAGAUAGAAGCCAGGAGCAUGUUGGCAGCCCAGAUAUGAAGGUCAAAGUUCAAACUUGACAACCUCUAAGGUCCCACCCAAAUCUGAGGUUUUAUGAUUCUAAGAAGGGAAUAUUUACGUUCCAUUCCCUCUGAGAUCUUUGUCAUGCUGUUGGUUAGGAAUGAUUAGAGACUUAAACCAUAAGGGCAUUUAUUUAUUUUGUUUGUUUGUUUUUUUAUAGAGAUGGGGUUUCACCAUGUUAGUCAGGCUGGUCUUGAACUCCUGACCUUGUGAUCCCCCCCGACCCUUGCCUCCCAAAGUGCUAGGAUUACAGGCAUGAGCCACCGCACCUGGCCAAAGCAUAAGGGCAUUUAUUAUUAACUAAGUAAGAAUUCUGGAGGUAGGCGCCUCAAGAGUUGAUUCAGAGGCCUCAGGGCACUGGCUGACAUUUUUGAGAUUCUCUGGACAGCUUCAGACAUCUUGGUUCACGCAACUCCAUCCACAGGCAGGAAGCAAUAGGGGUGAGCAAGGCCACUCCUACUCACUGGGGGAUUGGAGCACUCUGAGUAGGCUCCCUCCUGUUCCCCAGGGGAUGGCAGCACUGUGAGGUUCCCUCUUCUUCACAGGGGGAUGGAAGCACUCCAUUUAUUAGGGGGUAGAAAAACCUUUUCUGGAGCAUUCCCUCUACUUCAGAUUCUCCCCAUACCUCACCUACCAGAACUAACUGCAGAGGAGAUUGAGAAAGUGAUUCCGGCUUUUUCACCCUGCCAAUAGGAGGAAGGCAAGAAGCAGGGAAUUGGUUUGCUAUUGGGUAGGAAACCACAGUGCCUGUCAGCCCCUCCUUCCUUCACUCAAGUAAGAUGUUCUAAACACCUACUCUGGGCCAGGCUCUGGUGAUACAGAAGAAAAGACAGUCUCCAUUUUCAAACAGUCCCUACUGGGAGAACACAGAGAGGCUGAGGAUUACAACACAAGGCAGCAAACACUGGGAGACCAAAGGUUUGGCGUCUGUCCCCUAGCUGAGCCAAGAUGGGCGACUGGAGCUUCCUGGGAGAGUUCCUGGAGGAAGUACACAAGCACUCCACCGUGGUGGGCAAGGUCUGGCUCACGGUCCUCUUCAUAUUCCGCAUGCUCGUGCUGGGCACAGCUGCCGAGUCCUCCUGGGGGGACGAGCAGGCUGAUUUCCGGUGUGAUACGAUUCAGCCCGGCUGCCAGAACGUGUGCUACGACCAGGCUUUCCCCAUCUCCCACAUUCGCUUCUGGGUGCUGCAGAUCAUCUUCGUCUCCACGCCCUCCCUGGUGUACAUGGGCCACGCCAUGCACACCGUGCGCAUGCAGGAGAAGCGCCGGCUGCGGGAGGCCCAGAAGGGCAGAGAGGGCGGCGGCUCCGGCUCCUACGAGUACCCGGUGGCCGAGAAGGCGGAGCCGUCCUGCUGGGAGGAAGGGAAUGGGAGGAUCGUGCUCCAGGGCACUCUGCUCCACACCUACGUGUGCAGCAUCCUGAUCCGCACCACCAUGGAGGUGGGCUUCAUCGUGGGCCAGUACCUCAUCUACGGAGUCUUCCUGACCACCCUGCACGUCUGCCGCAGGAGUCCCUGUCCCCACCCGGUCAACUGUUACGUAUCCCGACCCACGGAGAAGAAUGUCUUCAUUGUCUUUAUGCUGGCUGUGGCUGCGCUGUCCCUCUUCCUUAGCCUGGCUGAACUCUACCACCUGGGCUGGAAGAAGAUCCGACAGCGAUGCGUCAAGCCGCGGCAGGACAUGGCUAAGUGCCAGCUUUCUGGCCCCUCUGCGAGCAUAGUCCAGAGCUGCACACCACCCCCUGACUUCAACCAGUGCCUGCAGAGCGGCCCUGGGGGGAAAUUCUUCCAUUCCUUCAGCAAUAAUAUGGCCUCCCAACAAAAUACAGAUAACCUGGCCACUGAGCAAGUGCGAGGCCAGGAGCAGACUCCUGGGCAAGGUUUCAUCCAGGUUCCUUAUGAUCAGAAGCCUGAGGUGCCCAAUGGAGUCUCACCGGGUCACCGCCUCCCCCAUGGCUACCAUACCGACAAGCGACGUCUUAGUAAGGCCAGCAGCAAGGCCAGGUCAGAUGACCUAUCAGUGUGAUCCUCCUUCAUGGGAGGACCAGGAGCAGGUGAGAACACAGGAGGCUCAGAGAGGAAAGACGUGUCCCUUCUGACAUUUUCUCACUGUCAUCAUUGCUUGGCUCCUUUGGGCCUGGGGUCUCAAUGACAUUGCUCAUCAAUUCUAGAAACUAUAACCAGGGCUCUGGGAUAAUAAGAGGUGUGACUACCCACCCAGACUGCUGCAGUCCCCCCCCCACCCCCACCCCCUCUACCCCCACCCCAGCCCCAACCCUCUACCCAGUAUAAUCAAUGAAGCCUCUCAGAUUACUCGUGAAACAGGGUAGAGGAAGGGAAGGGAGGCACGGCAGAAGCUAGCCUGGAAGGGAUAGCCAGAGGGAUAGAAUGACUCUCUCUCUACAUACCAGCCACACACCAGAUGAGUUCUCUAAGUUCCUACCCUUCCCCCUUGACCUGAGCACCCUCGCUCCUCCAAGGAAGAGCUCUUAAGUUCCUGGCCAGUAGAGAGCAUGUAUCAAGGAACCUGCAAUAGACAUGUUCUUGAAUCUGUUGUUUCCAUAGACCAUUCCUUGCAGUAGUGGUGAGAUGGCCUUGGGCUGCCCUUGGCUUCUCCUCCCUCUACGCCAUCUUUAAAGGGCUUCUUGGAACUUCACCGGCAGCCUCAACUUUACAAGUGCCUUGGUAUGUACCUCUGGCACAUGUCCCGCCCUGGUGAUGUUGCAACCUUUCCUUCUGCCAGAGUACACCCAGCCUGUGAAGGUGUCAGCUCUGCUGUGGAGUCACUGUACACACAAACUCCACUGGAAUUCCUGCUACCACCUGUCAUCCUGCAGCCCCUUUACAGUUCAAUCCAGUGACAGAAACCAUCCCUUCCCUUUCUCCCUUGGCUGUUCACCCAGCCAUUCCCCAAAGGCCUUAUCGACAGGAAUACCCAGGAAGCCGUUGUCCUCUCUCGAACCCGGACCAGAUGGAAUUUCCCCAGGUUUUGUUAAAACAAAGAAAGCAUUGUGCCUUGUGGAAAAAAAAAUUCUGCUGUGAAGAAGAAAAUUAAAAAGGAGAGAAAACACUGGAAAACUAUUUUCUUCCCCUAUUUACUUCCUUCGCUGCCAACUUAGUGCCAAGAGGAGGUGUGAUGACAGCUAUGGAGGCCCCCAGAGCUCUCUCUCCCUGGAGGCUUUAGCAGGGGCAUGGAAAUAGGGGAAUCUCCAGCUCACUUGGCAGGGCCUUUAUUUAAAGAACACAGAGAUUCCUACGUCUCCCUAGUGCCUGUAAUGAGACUGCCACGUGGGGGCUGCAGAAAAGCCUUGCCUUCCCCAAGGACUGGCCUGGUUUCUGUAUUCACUGGAUCUAUAAUGGGUUGUGUUGUUUUGGAUGAAGGUAAAGGAUGCUUGGAAUUGGAUACUGAUCUUACAGAAAGAUUAUUACAUUAUUAAAAUGCAUAUGCAUGUGUGUGUGCAUGCGCGCGUGUGUGCGCGCGUGCAUGUGUGCGUGCGUGUUCGUGUGUGUGCGCACGCGCGCGCUGAUAGGAUGGGUAAAGGGGAGGGAAGUCCUGAGAUAAGGAAAGGAAACCACAGAGAAGCUUGUGUCUUCCUGCUAUCUUCUCUGGCUGCCUGGCAGAGGGGCUGAGUCUCACUGUCUUGGUGUUAUUAACCUAAACAGAUAGGCAUGGGAGGCUGGGACGGAGGAGGGUAAAGGCUCAGAAGGAGGUUGAACCUCUGAGUCACCUGCCCUCUGCUAUUUGAAUGCUAUGGUUGGGUGAAAGGAAAAUGAGAGUAGAGAAGUGGAGGAAAGUGACCAGGAUGCCGUUCAGGAAGGAAUGUCUGAUCAUUCCGGGUCCCUGGAGGGGACACCUUCUAAUCUAUUUUCUAGCAUUCAUAUUCUCUCUCCUAUCUCUGAAAUGUUUUAUGAAAUGUGUUCUUGAAUUAGAAAUUCUGUGGGAUCAAUCUUUCACGGUGAGGCUUUUAGAAAGGAAAAAGAAAAUAAAAUGUGUAAUUUGUCUUAAUAAAACCGAUCUCUCUCUCUCUCUCUCUCUCUCUCUCUCUCUCUCUCUGUCUGUCUUUCGUUGUCCGCUUCAUGCUGUGACUGUAAGAGAAGGAUGGCAGACUUGGUGGGGAGGAGAGCACUCGGACUACACCCACCAGUAAGCCAGUAAUGCAAAGAGCUUUGAAGUCGGGCAUGCAAGGGUUAAAAUUCCAGUUGCUAACUUACAUCUGGACUCCAGCAAGACAAUUUCUGAGCCUUGGUUUUCUCAUCUGUAAAUUGGGCCCUAUUACUAUCUACCUCAUGGUGCUGUUAGCUGAGCUGUUAUGAUCACACGGCUGUUAACUGAGUUGACUGUAGAGAGUUCAGCAGAGUGCUUGGGAAAUAACAGUCAUUACAUGGUAAUUGUUGUUAUUAUCUGACUGUUCUGUUAUUAUUUUGAAUACACCGUAUUUGGAAAUGGAAUGCUGAGGGAUGAUUCCAGAACUUCCGUUCAUCAAGCCUACAAUCUGCCUAGUGUGAUCAGAUUAGCUCACAUUAUUCUCGUCUAAAAAUUAGAAUAAAAUUAAACAGGAA